UGCAUGCGCAUUGUCAAAAUCUAUAUUAAAAUGGAGGAAAAGAGUCAAGUUGUGGAACGAGAGGCUAAAAAAGACGAAAUUUAUGAAAAAGAGGGGAAAUCUAAAAGUUCGAAGAAGAGACAUCGUAAGAACAAAAAUGAAAUGGCGCAAACUGCUAGCGAAAACCAUAACCAAUCUGACCAUAAAGAUAAGCUGGAACUACACGGCACGUGCAAUAUUUCUAUAAAGAGCAUACAAAGAGCGAUGGAGGUACUUAACAUACAGCAGAAACCUGCAAAAACUCAAGAAGAGGCUAUGCAGAAGCCUUACCAGUUCUGGAGCACACAGCCAGUACCAAAAAUGGAUGAAAAGAUAGUAAAAAAUGAACCUAUUGAACCUGAUAAAACAUCUAUAAGGGCAGAACCUUAUUCUUUACCAGCAGACUUUCAGUGGGAUACAUUAAAUCUUGAUGAUCCAUUAGUUUUAUCCGAAUUGUAUACUUUGUUAUCUGAAAAUUAUGUAGAAGAUGAUGAUGCUAUGUUUAGAUUUGACUAUCCACCAAACUUUCUAAAGUGGGCAUUACAACCCCCUGGUUGGUGCAAAGAAUGGUACUGUGGGGUAAGAGUCACUAAAAGUGGACGUCUAGUCGGUUUUAUUUCAGCUAUUCCUGCUACUCUGCGUGUAUACAAUCACUCUCAAAAAAUGGUGGAAAUAAAUUUCUUAUGUGUACAUAAGAAAUUGAGAUCAAAAAGAGUUGCACCAGUGUUAAUACGAGAAAUAACUAGGAGAGUUAACCUUCAAGGUAUAUUUCAGGCUGUGUACACUGCUGGUGUUGUGUUGCCAAAACCAAUAGCAACAUGCAGGUACUGGCAUCGUUCUUUAAAUCCAAAGAAAUUAAUCGAAAUAAAGUUCUCUCAUUUAUCUCGUAACAUGACUAUGCAGAGAACUCUGAAACUGUACAAAUUGCCAGAGAACACAAAAGUGCCAGGAUUCAGAAAGUUGGUCGAAGCGGACAUACCACAGGCUCACAAAAUAUUAACUGACUACUUGGAAAAAUUCGAUUUGGCUCCGAUCUUCUCGAUCGAAGAAUUUCGACAUUGGUUCCUUCCGCAGAAUGGAAUCAUUAACAGUUUCGUGGUAGAAAAGGACGGUAACAUCACCGACAUGGUUAGUUACUAUAUGUUACCGAGUUCUAUAAUGCAUCAUCAGACGCACAAGAUGCUCAGGGCUGCAUACAGUUUUUACAACGUAUCCACUGCGACUCCUUGGCUCGAACUUAUGACCGACGCUUUGAUAUCAGCACGUAACCUCGAUUUUGACGUGUUCAACGCGUUGGAUCUUAUGGACAACAAGGAAUUCUUGGAACCCUUGAAGUUCGGUAUAGGUGACGGAAAUCUACAAUAUUAUUUGUACAAUUGGCGUUGUCCUAGCAUGACACCCGGAAAAAUUGGUUUGGUGCUCCAGUAGAAAUUCUAGCUCAUCGAUUCGUUGUCUAGAAAAUCAUUUUUCGCACGUGCAAGCUUACCGAGGGAUAAAGGUACGAGAGGGAACGGAUAUUACAAGAAUAAUGGAGACGAGGGACACUGAAACGGGAACAAAUAUGUCCUCGACGUCUAGCGACGACGAGUAUCCAGGACACAUUCUCAACGAUAUUUCCGUACUAAAUCAACCAGAAUGCCCCCAUCGAUCUUAGCGAAUCGGUUCCGCGAAUGUUACCCUUGUCUUUGUCUCCGCUCAUGAUCAUGAUACUAGUUCAGGGUCGAGUUUGGAAUAUGCAUGUGCAGCGCGUGUGUAUAUACGUAUGUGCGUGACUCGAGCAAUGUAGAUAAAUAUCGUAUGUUAGUUAUUUGCAAAAGCCGUGCGGGGAGGGGGGAAGAGGAUUCCUUUACUGGUUAUACAUCGGUCGCGAAGUUAUCCAAAGUUUUUCGAUAAUCCGUUGGACGCUAUUUAAUUUAACAUGAAAAAAAAUACUACGUUUCUCUCAGCAUCCUUUUGAUUAAAUAAGUCGUAGGAGUAUGCCGAAGUGAGCGUGGAAGAGUUGAAAUAAAACAAGGUCGAAAAAUAAA